CCCCGCGCAGGCGCGCGCACCGGCGGCAGAGCCGGGCCCGCGGUGCCGAGCGGCGGCAGAGGCGGUGCUGCCCCCGGAGCCUUCCCGGGCCCUGCCCGCCGCAGCCAUGAAGAUCUGGACCUCGGAACACGUGUUCGACCACCCCUGGGAAACUGUGAUGACAGCUGCUAUGCGGAAAUACCCCAAUCCCAUGAACCCCAGCGUGGUGGGAGUCGAUGUCCUGGACAGACACGUGGAUCCCAGCGGGAAGCUGCACAGCCACAGGCUCCUGAGCACUGAGUGGGGCAUCCCUUCCAUUGUGAAAUCGCUCAUCGGCACCUGCAGAACAAGGACAUACGURCAAGAGCAUUCUGUUGUUGACCCUGUGAAAAAAACAAUGGAGCUUAAAUCCUGUAAUAUUUCAUUUACAAACCUCGUGUCAGUAGAUGAGAGGCUUGUCUAUAAACCACACCCUCAUGAACCACAUAAAACCAUUCUGACACAAGAAGCAAUAAUMUCUGUAAAAGGUGUCAGUCUCAGCAGUUAUUUAGAAGGGCUAAUGGCAAACACAAUUUCUUCCAAUGCUAAAAAAGGCCGUGAAGCACUGGAAUGGGUAAUUAAAAGAUUGAAUGCUGAAAUUGAAGAGUUUGCAGCUUCAGAGAGGAACCAUGAGGAAUUCAAUGGCAGCAGCAGCGUUUGUAGAGAAAUGAUGAUAGUUCUUAGACCUUAGACCACUAACGAGGCUUAACCUGCAGCUUCUCUCCAGGUCUAAAUACAUCUAUCCUUUGUUUUUUAAAGGAUGUGUGUAUUAGGCAUGUUAUAAAUUGAAUUUGGAGAAAAGCUGAAUUCUUACUAAGGCUGAGGCUCAAAGGCUAUUUAAUAUAUUGGGUCAGCUGAACCGAAUUGCGGUUACAGAAGAAAUAAUUUUCAAGUGUAGUUCCUGUAUUUACAUGAACACUAACUUAAAAUGUUUGCAGGUAUGAAAUAACCUCAUUUAGUGGUGAGGCUGCAUAUGGUGGUGGACACUGGCAUGUUAGGCUAACUUAUUUUUUGUGUGACUUACGGACUACCUCUUUUGGGACCAAGCCCAAAAUUAAGUAGAAUGGUUGUUCCAGCRUUGUUAUUUUUGUUGAUUUUUGACAGUUGUGUGAUACAACUUGGUUUAACAGAAAGCUUAUUACUUGAUGCUUGAAAUAUAAAAGAAUGUACAAAAUAUUUUUUGAUAAGCUUUUUAACUUGUUUGACUGGUUGAACUAACACGGUACUCAAAUUGUUUUUCAGUCACUAGGUAAAACAUCAAAAUGUCUUUUACCUACCUACCARGACCUAAAUCCUGCUCCUAAAUGCAACRUUAAUGAGCUGGGCAUGCAGUACCUYGAAAUCAAAUUUUAUCUUAAACUUGUACAAUAAGUAUCUCCAUUUCUAAAAGCCCAUUACAUAAAGGUACAAAAAGCAUAGAGCCUUAAAAUCUUGUAAGCUGCUACAAUAGUAAGUUCUCAUUUCAAAGAACCAGUUAAAGACUAGAAAACCUUUGUGAAGGUGGCUAAGGAGAUACAUAGUAYUUAAAGGAAUAAUUUAAAUUAAUAAUUUAAAGAGGAAGUAGURUUUAACAAUAUACUCAUUAACUUGAUCACGCUCCAGAAAUAACCUGCUACAUUCACUGAACACUGUGUUGUCCAUUAAUUUAACCACCGUUCUAAGUUCCAGAUUCCUUUACCUUUUGAACUAAUUUGCUCACAGUACAAGGCCCUUUGUAUUCUCAAGGUUUUCACUCKGUGUUCUCCAGUCUGUGUUUGUUUCCUGGUACUCGUUGUAGGUUCUUGGUACUGUCACCAGUCRUUCUGUGCAGGAACUGAAAGGUCAGCCCGUGACACCUCUCAUGGUGUGCCAGUCUGCCAGUAGUCCUGGGGACCUCACAGGGACUCUCUGUCCCACGAGGCUCCCUCAGUGUGAACAGCCCAGAAUUAGCUGAUGGUGGUACUCUGGUGCCCGAGGCUUUUCCUGGAAUUUUGAUUCUAAGCUUACAAGUGAUUUCAAGACUCUCUUAGCCUUAUGAAAUGUCACCCAGCCCAGCAUAUUUGAUUCUGCAUGCCAUUUCUGUUAUAUCAAAUUGCCUGUUAAGUAAUGUCUGCUACAUAGAGAACUGGAGUCAUUUUAAGUGGUAAACAAAUAAGAACAUUUCUGUAAGGUUUGUGUUGGGGGAAGAAAACAGGAAUAUAGAUAUAUAACUUUUAAAAAUUAACUAUUCUAAAUAUUUUUCUAAACAGAAAUGGUUUGAGACUACCUUACUAAUUGAAGUCAUUGAGGUUUGCCAUACUUUUACAGAUUAUUACAACUGAAACAUUUCAAUUUUAAAAGUGUAUGUGAAACUUCUGCAAAAUCAUUUCUGAUAAAAAUGCUUAGUUUGAAACUAUUUUUUUUUUAUGUUUGCUCAGCCAUUAACAUCAUUUAAUAUUCUAAAUUCAGGUUUUUUUAUCUUCAAAUUUUUCUGCAUUAAAGACUGCAUAGUAAAACUCACAGUUUGGCCUUGCACUGAAAAAACCUUACUUCUUGAGGCAGGCAUUCAACAACUUCUUGAAAGAUAAURAUUUUCAUUCUUCUAUUUUAUUUAUAUGGCUGCAUUCUCAUUCUGUCAGAGUAUGGCUUUCUGUAUGUGRCGCUUUUUAAAUAAAAUUUUGUUUCAAUUCUGGCUAAUUCCUAAAACUUUCUGGUCUAUUUGUAUUUUAUAACUGCUAGGUGACUAAUCUAAAAUGAGAUGGUUAAAGGUGAAGAAAUACCCCAGAGUGAGUGGCUUCUUUUAUUGAAAUGCAUAUCCUAAAAUUCACGUUCA